AUGUCUCAUAAUCGUCGAGCUCGCAGGGCACCUCAGGAAGAAGAAGAUGCUUCAAAGUUAAAAUUUGGUGAAGAUUUUGAAGGCGAAGAGUUUUUAUUCAUCUCUGAAGUGCACCUUUUACUGCAAAAAACACCAGAAAAUCAAAAAAAUACACCUGUAUAUCAAAAAACUGCCAAAUACGUUGAAUUGUUUACUAAAUUUCAUAAUGAGGAAUCUGUACGAGAAAUUCGAAAAACAUUGAUGAGACAUAAGCUUCACAAGUAUGAAUUGGUUCAGUUAGCCAAUUUAUGUUGUGAUGAGGUAGAAGAAGCAAAAUCUCUUAUUCCAAGGAAAGUGAAAACUCAAACUAUUGACUUUAUGAAUGUUGAUAACGGAACUAACGAAUUUAUUGAUUUAAACAUCUAA